AUGCCUUGGGCACCACGUCUGGGAAUGGGCCGCCGGUCAAAAUCUUCUCCCUCGCUCUCCAAUCCCACAGGAACUCCUGGCCCUGCGAACUCUAACGUUCCAAACACGCCCACGAACCUCGAGAUAUCUUCUCCCGCCGAGUCUGCUGGCUCGGCGACCUCUGCCGCCCCGCGGGCUACCUCCCCCACCGCAUCUACCACCUCUUCUACGCGCCCAAGAUUUCUUUCGCGACUGAGCCUCCCUCUCUCGCUCCCUUUGCGCAAUCGGAAUCGCAAUAUCACUGACUUUCAUAUUCGUGCUGAGGAACCACACCGUCGAUACAGUGCUGGCGACAAUGUCCGUGGUGCUGUCGUCAUAGUCGUCGUAAAACCUGUUCGCAUUACUCAUUUGACCGUUUCGCUACACGGAUAUGUCCGUGUCCUGAAGGACCCGACUUCGGUUGCAAAAGCGCAAGGAAGUAUCGUACUACCGCAGAAUGGGGACUCGGCGCGCCCACGAUAUCACGGCAAUGGUCUUGCAAGCCUUUUCCAAGACGAGCAGGUAUUAAGCGGCGAGGGGAGGCUGGAACCUGGCAGAUACGAGUUUGGUUUCGACCUGCUGUUUCCUGACAAAGGGCUUCCAAGCAGUAUUGACUUCGAGCGAGGGACCGUUUCAUAUAUGGUAACUGCCACGCUGACUAGGCCAACAUCGAUUACCCCAACAUCAUCAUGCGAGCGAAAAGUUAUGUUAGUAGAGAAUGUGGAUGUUGGACUGCUGCCCAUCCCUCGGCCGCGCACUAUCUUCUUAGAGCCGAUAUCGAAACGAAAUCGUAGGAGAAAGUCCAUGGUGAUGGACAAGUCAACUGCAGCUCCUUCUGAGAUCAACGAGUUCAAUUCGGAGCAAGAUCCUUUAGAAACACCAACGGAAGACCUUCGUGAACAGGUGACGAAUCCGAGAAGCCCAAUACAAAGCGAUAUGCGAAGCGAAAUCAGCGGCGAAAGUGGCGUCAGCAACAGCACAAGCUUGAGCAGGCCGGAAGCCGCGCUGUCUCAGGUCGGGACACUCACAUCGGCCAAGCAGCAAGCAGUUGAUAAAAAGACGAUUACCGCGACAGUCGAGCUGCUGAAGGGCGGUUGCUUGCCGGGUGAUGCUGUCUCCGUGCGGGUCACGGUUCAACAUACUAAACGGGUGAAGAGCAUGACUGGUGUGAUUGUAACACUCCUCAGACAAGGCAAAAUCGACAGCAACCCACCGAGUGCUCUGUUUGACGAGAGUUUAAGUCGUGACGAUGUGGCUCGCAUUGAUAAGGAGGAUGUGUUUCCGCGAUCUCGGACCGGUUUGGGUGGUCUUUCGUUGACAUCUUCAAGUUCUACAAGCAUAUUCCGUAAGGAUCUUGACCAGAACAUAGCACCCCUAAUCAUUGACCCUAACACCAUGCAAACGUCGGUCACUGUGACCGUUAAGCUACCUGACGACUCCUUUCCGACUAUCAAAGGUGUACCUGGAGAGAUGAUCAGCUUCAAGUAUGUGGUUGAGGUAGUUGUUGACCUCGGCGGAAGACUGUCAAAUCAAAUGCAAACUGGCCCUGCCAGAUUCGGAUCUUAUGGCCAUGGAAGUGCAGACAAUCAUACUUAUGGGCCAAGAAGAGGUGCUAAUAUUGCAGACACUUCUCAGAUGCGCCAUGAAAAGGGCGUUAUCGCGGUGUCGAUGGAAACAGUCGUUGGCACAACUGAUUCAUCUCGCGGGAAGAAAAAGUCGAGAGCUUCGCCCACUUCGCGAAGCGUACAGAUUCUUGAAAGCGAUGAAGAAGAGGUGAUAGGCCAAGAACCAAAUUAUGCUGACGAUCCUCCCCUUGAGCCAUACUCGAACAGCACGCCACUCUCCCCUGCAGGUUAUUUUCCAUCACAGGCCAAUGGGAGCCGACUUCCAACGAUCCCUUCUCAUCCUCCACAGCCAUAUUCACAAGUGGUCCCGGUGCAACACCCGUCGCUCCGGCCUCGAGACGUUGGGUCAAGUUCAAGCGGCCCUGUUCCCUCUCCUGCCGCGCCUUCAUACAUCCCACCUCCUGAAAUACUUAACCAGAACAACCUUUCCGAGAAGGAGAGGAUUAGGCAAGCGGAAACACGGCUUCUACCAAGUCAGCCACCAGAAGCGGGCCCGUCAACAAGUCACGAUGACGAAGAUAUAUACGAUGCAGAGGAUACGCCCCGAGUCCCUGAUCUCGGUGGUGGCUUUGUUCCAAAUACUCCCAACGCUCCAAGUGCCCCCGAUGCGGGACCUUCGGCCCCUUUGGAAGACGAUGUUGACUUACCAACAGUGCUUCUCCCAGGGGUUGUUGAAGACAAACAAGAACUCGAACGUCAACGGCUCUUGAAUGAAGCCAGUGCACCGCCAGACGUUCCCGAGGAUAUGCAACGAAGAGCAGACGAAGGCCCAUCGAGGGAGGUGGAAGCUGAUGCGGAAGCAAGCGCACCAACUGCCCCAGUGGUGGAUGAUUAUGAUGAUUUUCCAGGUUACGGAACUAGUGCGGGACCUUCUGGGACUUCGAGGCACGUCGAUGGAGAGCAGCUGCCAGCCUACCAAAGAUAA